UGUAUGUGUAGGAGGAGUUUUCAGGGGGUGGUUGGAAUCUACCAGUACAACUAGUAUAGGUCCUGUUGUACGUCUGCACACGUUACAUUGGCGGCUGUAUAAUUAAAUCAUGUGUCGAAUUGAACCGUUGUUACUCGCACACAUAUCUCUGUUCUGUGAUGGUCAUUUUUUUCUGGAUAUUUACUGGAACCAUUUUUUUUCUGGAUAUUCACUGGAACCUUUUUUUUCUGGAUAUUUACUGGAACCAUUUUUUUUUCUGGAUAUUUACUGGAACCUUUUUUUUCUGGAUAUUUUCUGAAACCUUUUUUUUCUGGAUAUUUUCUGAAACCUCUUGCACAGUAGACCAGGUGACAGGAGCACAGUUCUGAAUUAUUAAAAUUUCAUAGCUUCAGGAUUCUGGAUUGCACUGGCAUCAGUGUAAGCAUUUUCUACAAGAAUACAGAAAGAUAAAUACAAUUUGAUUCAUUUCAAAUGACUUUGUAGAUUCUUCAAAACGCACACAGAGUUUAAUGCCCUUGGAAUAAAAGAUUUAGGGGGCAUAAUAUGCUUUUGUUCUAUCUGUAUGUAGCUAAAAAUUUUCAUUUAUGGGUAACAAUAUUAAUAACUUUAGAAGUAUUUGAAUAAGAACUUUGAUGCAGUAUAGUAGGAAAUGUUAGCUUUUUUGGCAGAUCACAAAAUAUUGCCAAAAAUUAAAUUCCCAAAUUUUCCUUUCAUAUGAAAAAUGAAGAUCUGAAAAACAUACCGAUAGUGGUUUUUUCCGUGGGUCUAAAAUUUUGUGAUUUGCUGCCUCAAAGGUAUGUUAAUAAUUUUAGUGGAAUAAAUUUUGGUGGACAAGGAAAAGUUAUCUCUCUUGUAACUACUGAAGUUGCAAUGGGAUGCAUAUUUGGCGAGUGAAAUUUUGGCAGAAAGCUAUCUAAACACAAAAAUAAACCAAGUAUAUCACCCUGCAGAAAAACCCACUAUACGGUAAAACACCAAUAUUUCAAAAGACUUUCUUAUUGAAAAAAAAUGGGCCAAAUAUUCCUGCAGACACUGAAUUUACUCAAGAUAUCACAUGUGGUUGGAGUAAUCUUUGUAACAUGACCUUUUCUAUGUUGCUGUGGUUGAUGACCUUGACCUAUGACUAGCUCGAAAACUUUGACAUAUUUGGUCAUUCCGAGAAACUAGAAUGUUUGUACAAUCCUGCACUUGAUUAGUUCAAGAAAAGGUAAGCAGAAAUGUGAAUCUUGAUAGAAUGAUAUACGAAUUGGAGGUCUGAUAAUUAAUUAUGACUUGGUAAUCAGUGUUUAGAUGAGUACAUUUGUUUACUGGACUUUGAUAGAAUGAUAUACGAAUUGGAGGUCUAAUAAUUAAUUAUGACUUGGUAAUCAGUGUUUAGAUGAGUACAUUUGUUUACUGGACUUUACGAAUUGGAGGUCUGAUAAUUAAUUAUGAUUUGGUAAUCGGUGUUUAGAUGAGUACAUUUGUUUACUGGACUUUGAUAGAAUGAUAUACGAAUUGAAGGUGUGGUAAUUAAUUAUGACUUGGUAAUCAGUGUUUAGAUUAGUAUAUUUGUUUACUGGACUUUGAUAGAAUGAUAUACGAAUUGAAGGUGUGAUUAUGACUUGGUAAUCAGUGUUUAGAUGAGUACAUUUGUUUACUGGACUUUGGUGGACAGGGAUCGUUGCAGUUUGAAUCUGCAGUUGUGUGUUAAGUGGUCUAUGACAGCAAAUCUGUAAAAUGUUCUUUAUUAUAAUUUGUUGGGAAAUUUUGCAUCUGUUGGUUUACAAAAUAACUGUUGCUAUCAUCACCAUUCUGCUUCUAAAGUAAAUGCAUACCUCCAAGUCCUGUGAAUGGUGAGGGCCCUGGGAAACUGUUAAAGUUCAGAAUUUAAAAUUUGUCACUCUUUGACACUGAGAUUUUCUUCACUUAAAAUCCAGCAUUUCAAUCGUGGUUCAGAAUUUAAAAGUUGUCCCACUUUGACUCUGAGGUGUAUAUUUCUUCAUUAUAAAGGUAUUCCAGCAUUUCAACCAUGUUUCAGAAUUAAAGGGUCACACUUUUUCUUUAACUCUGAGAUUUAUUUUCUUCAUUUUAAACAUAUUCAGCAUUUUAAUCGUGGUGCAGAAUUUUCUACUCCUUAGUGAUACCUAAUGCCCCUCUAAGUUUGAUUUUCCCAGACUACAAAAUUAAAUGCCGUAGUGAAGAAGAUCUAACAUAAUGAAGAUUGGAAUGGCAGUAAAUUAAAGUUUAAUGUAAUAGUAAUUGCAACAACGGAUCCCUGUGUGAUGCUAAUGAUUAAAUCAUUUUUUGGGGGAGUAGCAAUUUACUAGUUGUUGAAUUGAAGCAUUGAGCACUUAACGAUUGCUUGACAAAUAGCCUGUGAGUAGUCGAUUAAAAUAUCAAUGUCAAAUUGACACCCCUCUCAUUGACUGAAACCCUGUGACAAGACAUUUCUAUUGAUGCCACCUUUGAUGAUGUUGUGACCUUAAAAUUGACCUUUCACCCACUUACUGAAAAUGGCAUUUGUGUAUUACAAAUCUGUCCUGUUUGUAAAUGAAGUAUGUAGGUUUCAAUCUAAGUAAGGGGUUUCAAUUACGGUUUGUAUCAUGCAAGUAUAUAUGUCCUUUUAUUUACCUACAAGUCCUAUCACCCUGACCGGCAUGCUAUCAAGCUGUGCUUGGUUUGGUUUGAACAUAUUUUAUGGAUCUAAUCAAGAAAAUGUUGUGAUUGUACGAGGCAGUUGUCUACAACCUGAGGGGGGGGGGGGGAUGCCUGUAUUUUAUGGAUACACAAUGACCCUCAGGAAUUUCUGCACUGCCUCUACAUGUUUUAAGCUCCCUGUCCCCCUUUCCUAAAUUAGGUGAAUGUCUAGGCCAUAAUGUGAAGAAUUUUUUUUUCCUUUUUUAAUGAAGGAGUAUUCUCUUUUAUGAUUUAUUUCCAGCUCAAUGGUUUUUCUGUCAAAUUCCGAUGAUUAAAGGCCAAACUCCAUUAAUCGUCCCCCAAAUCCCUGCAGAGUUUGCAUGUCAAAUAUAUAUAUAUAUACACCGAAGUGCCAAAAAUGAUUUGAAUUGUUGAUCUGGAUUUUUCUGUAUGCCUGUAUUUUAUGGAUACACAAUGACCCUCAGGAAUUUCUGCACUGCCUCUACAUGUUUUAAGCUCCCUGUCCCCCUUUCCUAAAUUAGGUGAAUGUCUAGGCCAUAAUGUGAAGAAUUUUAUUUCCUUUUUUAAUGAAGGAGUAUUCUCUUUUAUGAUUUAUUUCCAGCUCAAUGGGCAUGCAACAAUUUUUCUGUCAAAUUCCGAUGAUUAAAGGCCAAACUCCAUUAAUCGUCCCCCAAAUCCCUGCAGAGUUUGCAUGUCAAAUAUAUAUAUAUAUACACCGAAGUGCCAAAAAUGAUUUGAAUUGUUGAUCUGGAUUUUUCUAUGGAUAAGGAUCAGCAUAUUUGUAUAUAUCAAUAUUUAGGUAUUAAUAAUCUCAGCUCUGAAAUUUUAUCUAGUUGUUAUUUUAUGUGUCAACAAUGCAUGCCCGCUCUGGAUCAGUGCUUAAACAACUGCUACCUGUGAGGAUUUAUCCUUGUCAUUAAAGAGCAAUCAGUCCCCAGCAAAUAUUUAGACAAAUCCUCGGCCGGUGUACCCCGGUUCUGGAUCGCAGGGCUAAAGGUACUGUACAAACUCUGGGGGAACUCUAAACUGUAGUGUGCUCUGCCUUCUUGGGUCAAUAACUGUCAAGUACCCAUUUACUUACUAACUGAUCUAAUUUUCUAGUCUUUUAAUUUUUCAAUUGGUUUGAGAUGUAACGUUUGCUGUGUUCGUUGGACUGUGUCAGGAUUUGGGUAGAGGAUAUAUCGGGAGGAAUCGGUGUAAGGGGAUAAGUUCUGAUAGCCUGGGAAUGUAGAAUCUUCUGUCAAAAUAUUCCGAGUCUCGCCGUGUUUGGUAGUCUGCGUAUUAAUUUAGGGAUAUUCUGUGUCAACAAUUCAUGUAUUGAUGUAGAUAAAGUGAUAACUGCAUGAAUUAUGAAUGAACUGGAUUUGACAGUGGUGGAAUGUUUCAUGGGAAUAAAAUGGUGGAAAUCUGUAAGAGAAUAUAGAGGGACAUAUGAGUUAAUUUACAGUGAACUUGUCUAAGCUGGACACCAUUACAAUGAAUAGUAGACACUUUUCGGAAUAGUUUGGGACCAAGAGAUUUCUGAUUGGAAUCCGUGCAGUUUUGUACUGUACCCAGCUGUCUGGAUUAGACAAAUUAUACUGAGCAGCAGGAUUCUGUUGAUUGGAAUGCAACUGUACUAACAUGGAACAAAACAGAAGGACCUUUCCUUAUAGAUAUAAGAUGAAGAUGGAGGAACUGGAUAAGGAGGUGAAAAAGUUACGGGAAGAUCUCCAGACACUGCAGAAAGAGAAAGAACAGAAGGAAAAGUCAGACUCAGAUUCCCGUUCGUCCACUCCAGCCAAUGUGUUCAGCGGCCGUCCUCCCAGCCCUGCUAGAUCUCCAAAUGACAUCGCCAUCCGAAACAUCAUUCAGGAGAAAACAAAGAUAGAGAGCGAACUUGUUCAAAUGAAAUCACAGCACAGAACUGUUCAAAAUGAGAACACAGAACUCAAAACUAAGGUGACCUCCCUGACAGAAGAGGUAGAGAAGUUACAAAUCUCUGUUCAGCAGUUACAGAUGAAGAACAAAAGUCUGCGAUCAGAACUGGAGGAAGCAGAGAACCAGUUAGAGGAAGCUGAGACUGCCUGUGAAGAGGUCACUAAAGACAGGGAUGAGCUGAAGCUGCGUUUGGGAAGUUUGGAAAAGGAGGUCAAGACUCUCAGAGCAGACGCUCAGAAAAUUCACUCAUUACAGGACUCCGUUCGCAUUCUAAAUCAGGAAAAGUGUGAUUUAACAAAUGAACUUGAUACAGUCAAACGUGAGCUUGAUGAAGCUCAAUCUGAAAAAGAACUAUUAGCCAAUCAAAAGCUAGCUCUCAGUAAGGAAGAAAUUCAUCUUACAGAGGAACUACAGACUCUCAAAUCAGAGGUAGAAACUUAUAAGUGUUCACACGAAGAGUUAAUGAACCAGAAGAAUGAGUUCAAUCGGACCUUAACAUUACUAGACAAAACCAAUUCUGAAUUAGAAACUGUUAGAUCAGAAAAAUUUGAAUUGUCUUGUCGAUCGGAAGCAUUAACAAAGGAAAAUAAAGACUUAUUAAAUCAAGUGGAAAGUCUGCAAGGAGAACUGGAGCGGUUACAGAUGGAUGGUCAGGAGUUGUCUAAACAAGAGAUAAUAAUUGGCCACAUGCGAGAGCAGGUUCAGAAAUUGACUAAAGAAGUCAGUGAUUUAAAGGAUGAAAUACAAGAAAAGGAAAAGGCAGAAAAGGAUCUCAUUAAAACAGUUGAAGCUCAAGAGGCAGAGAUUAGUAGAUUAAAAAGUGAUAUUGACAAUCUAAAACAUGUUCAUGAGAAAGAUAAAGUGAACACUCAGGAGGAACACAGAGGUGAACUGGAGGACUUAAAAAUGAAACUUCAAUUAACAUUUCAAGAAUUGUCACGAUCAAAACAAAUGUUGGAUGAUGAACGAAGUCAGUGUUCAGAGGUGGAGGUCAAAGCUCGUGACCUUGAAGUCCUCCUGGAAGAAAUGCAAAAAACAAAUAGUACUUAUGAGAAAAAACUAGAUGAGGUGUCUCAUUUAGAAAAGAGAGUGAAAGAUUUGGAAAAAUUAGUGUCUGAAAAAUGUGAUAUUGAGGACCAGCUUGAGGACAAAAAUCGUGAGAUCUCCGACCUUGAGCAGGAAAUUGAGGAAUUCGAGAGUAUUAAAUUAGAACUGGAGGACACGCGUGAAAGUCUGGAAAAUGAGAGGGUCAUCAGGAAUAAGCUAGAGGUCACGGUCCGAGACCUGGAACAGAUUCUGGACGAUCAGCGGACAGAUCACGAGAAUAUCCAAAGGCAGUUUACGAAUAAGGACAUAGGAAGUAGAAUAAAAGAAAAGGUGCAGUCUCUGGAGAGUCAGGUGCGCGGUCUGCAGGAUGAUCUAUUCGCCGCACAGGAAGAACUCCAGGUUACCAUGGAGAAACACGAGCAGAUGACCCUGUACAGACUAUUAAGGAUGAAUCUGAGAGAGGAACUUGAGGAAGCUAGGGCAGCACACAUUGAAAUCCAGGAGCGGAUCGAAUCCGAGAGAAACAAACAGGUGUUACAGUCUAGUCCCGAGGUCAACGGAGCCACCCAGAGGAUCGAAUCCCAAAAGAUUGAGAACCUUGAAAAGCAAAUAGAGACCAUGAAGACUCGUUUGUCUGAGACUCAAGAUCAACUGGACAAGGUCACCCAGGAAAAGUUCACAUCGGAGAAAGAAAUCAAGAUUCUCCGUGACUCGCUGAAGCAGAAAGAAGGCGACUUGAAGGAGUUGGAGGCACUGAGGCGUGAACUUAGUCAAACGCGACGCGAGGUGGAGCAUUUACAGCUCUCUACAAAAUACGAUGGUGAGGAACGGCAGAAGCACGUGGACAAAAUCCGGUCACUGGAGGAGCUGUCCAAACAGCUGGAAUUGGACAACAGAGAGCUGGCUACCAAGCUUCAGGAGUCCAUUCAGCAAAUCACACACGUGGAGGACCAGAUAAAGCGAGAACGACAGAGGAACACCGACAACCAGUUCAUGAACCACCGACACGUCAGUCAGAUCGAGGCUGACCUUGACGAGGCGACCAAUCAGGCAAGGCAACUCAAAGAUGACCUCCAUAAGAAACAGACGUACAUCAUGAAACUGGAGGCAGAUGCUAUUGGAAAUGCUGCCAAGUAUGAUAGUACGAUUUCCCGACUAGAGUCUGAGCUGAAUGAGACGAAACAGUUCCACAAGAAGGAGUUAGAGGGGGUGACCGAACGUCUCGAGACGAUGAGUAAAGACAACAAGGAGCUUCGUAACCAGAUCAGGGAGAAAGAGCAGGAAUACCAGUCGUCCUCCAGUGAUGUGAACAGAUAUCGAGGAACAGCGGAUCGUCUGGAGUCCCAGAUUCAGACAGAAAUAAAAAUUCGGACUGACCUUGAGAACAGGAAUGCAGCUCUUGAUAAAGAAAUAUCAAAAGAGGAAUUUCCUAACUUGAGAGUGUGGAGUCAGGUGAGGUCCCUGAUGGAGAAGAAUGCCAGCUUAGAGGCCGCCAAGAGGAGUCUGGAGGACGAACUAGAAAGGAAAAAUUCCACCACAAAGUAUGCAGAGACGACCCUGUCUCAGGCUUCAGCCAAUCACGAAGCAGCUCUUAAAACUGUCCAGACCAAGGCCGACACCGCGGAGAAAAAGGUGUUUUGGAGCAGGCGUAGCGCACCAGUGCAGAUAAGGGAAACCAAAGCUAAACCUUUUCUGAUUAAAGCUGAAAAGCUUCAGCAUGAUUUAGAUGGUGUGACCUUCAAAUUAAAGACAGUGGAACAUCAGCUAAGUCAGGCAGAGGAACUGAAAAACGAACUUCAAGACAAAAAAGAACAAGUCGCUACGCUAAGAAACCAACUGGAGGCCGAGAAACUGCAGAGAACACUGUUAGAUCAGACUAUGGCAGAAUUAAAACACCAGGUGUCACUACUAAAGUCGCGGGAAUCUAAAGUCAUGGAUCAGAAUCGGGAAUUACAACACACAAUGAUUGACAUGGAAACCAAACUGGAUGAUAUGCAUGAACGGAAUCAGACAGCUCUAGAAAUGGACUCUGUGAACUGGGAGGAGAACGGUGUUGAGCAAAAGCACUACACCGAGGUGGGACAACGAGGUCUGCUGGAUCAGAUCCAUAAACUACAGAAAGAGGUCAAAGAUUUACAAUACGAAUUACUGACCGUCAACGAGCGUCGCGAAAUACAGGAACGCAAGUAUGAGGACCGCAAAAUGAAGACCAAGGUCAAAUUAAUGAGAGCAAGGACAUUUAACGCGGGGCACCCCGAGACAGGCCAGGAGUUUGUAGUGGAGUUUUAUUCCAAAGAGCGGACACGAAUGCAGGAACAGAUGAGGCAGUAUGAUGAUGACCUGAGGCUGACCCGGUCGACACUGAGGAAAGAAAUGGACUGGAAAGAGAAAAUGGAGAAGAAUUAUCAGACGGUUCUCCGUGAAAAACGUGAAUAUCUCACUCAGUCCGUUGAUCAGGAUUUGAGGCUGUCGGACAUGGAGGAAGCCGUUCGGGAAAAGACGCGUAUGGUCUCCAUGUUGCAGGUCCGCACCAAAUUCUUAGAGGAGGAGAAUUCCCGUUUACAGGAUCGUAUCGACUCCAUCACCCAGCAGAAACAGGGCUUAGAUAAGCUUGUUAAAGAAUAUAAACUCGGCAAGGACAGGGAUGUACAUUUGUCCCGGCUGAGUUCGGACAGUCGGCCUCACAGUCUGACAGGCGGUACAAGUGGAAUCGGAAACAGCAUGAACUCGAGCUGGGUUAACGAGCAGGAUCAUUACAUAGAACCAUACCUGGGUUACCGCAAUACGCAAUCUUCUAACAUGGUGAUCAGUAACUACCUCAGUCGGAGCUUCGAGCCGCACAGUCACGCGGUGGAUUUAUAUCGUGGGGAGACAGGAAGUGAGGAAUCAUAUAGCCGAGAGUUUGAUACCUGACACAAAUCAUAAGCCAUUAACUUAUCAUAGGUUUCGUUGACCAAUCAAAAAUGCCAUUACAACCAUAAAUAUGACACGACUUUCAACAUUCCAAGCCAAACAUUGAUGAGAAGUAUUUCACCACUGGGUGACACACUUUGAGAAUGGCAGUCUGUGCCAUUUUUUUUUUAAUGUAGAUGCUUUUAGUACAAACUAGUUCCUUUACAUUGUAUAUUUUUUACUAUAAUUGUGAUUGAGAAUGUGAUAUUUUUUCAUGCAUUUCUGUAAUAUGUCUUUUUAUUGAGAUACUCUAUGAAAUAUCAUUUCCUGUAUAUCAUGCGUCUAUUUAAUUUUUUAAUAUCUUGUUGAUUACUUGAAACAUAAUUGUAUGUUUAUUUCACUUUUUAAUUUUUGCAGAAGUUUUAUAUGAAUAUUUCAUUGUAGAUUUUUUAUAUUUAGAAUUUUAAAAUUAUUAUAGUCAGUAAAUUUUCUUCUCCGUUUUUUAAUGUUUCUAAAAUGGUGUCUCAGAGUAGGCUAGGUACCCGUCCAUUGUCUUCAACUCCUCGUUUUAAAACUUUUACUGGAUUUUUAAAAACCUCUUGUAUGCGUUACUGUGUGUUUCAUGUGGGAAGUCACAACAUGGAACUCAAUUAUUUUAUCAAAAGCAGAUUAAAAUAUCCCCAGAAAUGUUUAUUUCCACCGAAGAUUAGUAAUUUGUACGUAGGUGGUCUAUGUUAUGCAGUUUGUAGAUUUUUUCUUUGUGAUGUGUUUUGUUUCGUUUUCAAAGAAAAAUAAUUCUACACAGUACUGUUGUAAACAAGGCUGUUUAUUUAAGUUACAAAAAAAAAAAAAAUAAUGAUGAUAUUGUAUUUAAGCAUUUUCCUACUUAUUUUUCGAAAAGUCAUUUACAAAUGCUUGUAAAAUUGAUGUAUAAAUUUUACUUUUGAUAUAAAUUUAAAGGGGAAGAUAUGUAUAUAUAUAUUUUACAUAUUAAAUUUUCUGUGAAUGGAGAAGUCAUGGGAGAAUCUGUGCAGAGCAUUGCCAAUAACACAAAAACAAGAACUCAUAUAUUUUAUUAUGCAUAUUUUAUGGUAUUUUUAUAUGUAGAGUAGGUCUUAUGUUUAGUACAUUAUGAGGUAGAUCGUAGAAUACUUAAUGAGCAGGACUCUAGAUGGUUCUUUUCCUUGCUUUUGUAAGGAAGGGGACAGGAUUAUGAAAUGAGAGUGCUAAGCUUUGUAAAAUCAGAAAAUAGUUUUGGGGUGUUAUUUGGUUGUUUUUGUUUAUGCAGAAAUUGUAAACAGAAUUUCAUUAUAAUGUAGUUGAAUUCUUUUAGUGGUGUGAAAUCAGGUCCAACCGUCCACAUUCCAAUUAGUGGCUGUGAUUCCAACCGUCCACAUUCCAAUUAGUAGCUGUGAUACUUUUGUAAUUUUUAGUGACUUCUGUUUAGUUUUUGUAAACCAUGGUCCCCCGUCCAAUCUAUUUCAAUUUACUGGUGUCUAGUCUAGAUUUUAGUCUCUGAUGACGGACAUUGGUGUCUAGUCUAGAUUUUAGUCUCGGAUGACAGACAUUUUUUUAAUCUGUGUGUGUCUGGGAAUGUUACAUCUGUACAUUGUGGUUAGACUGUGUGUGUGAGCCAGUUUGGUGCCUUGUGAUCUAAAAACCAUGCAUUUAUUGUUCUACAUGCAUACAUGAUUGAGAACACUGUAAGCAGAAUUCAUGUUUCAUCAUUAUUUAUAAAUAAAUAUUAUAUUUC